AGAAGGCGAGGAGGGGGCGGCUCAAAAGGCACAGCGGCUCCCCCAGAGCCCCCAAAGCCGCGCCGGGCACCAUGGCCGUGUCCCGCACCAGCUGGCUGGCCAACGAGGGCACCAAGCACUGCCUCCUGUUGCUCUGGCUGUCUCUCAACGUGGGGCUGUUUUGGAAAACUUUCUGGGUGUAUUACCAUGGGCCGCAAUAUUAUUACUUGCACCAGAUGCUGGGGCUGGGAUUGUGCCUCAGCAGAGCUUCAGCGUCUGUCCUCAACCUCAACUGCAGCCUAGUCCUUUUGCCCAUGUGCCGGAUUCUCCUGGCCUAUCUUCGAGGGUCUCAGAAGGUGGCCAGCCGGAAAACGAGGAGGCUCUUGGAUAAAAGCAAAACUUUCCACGUCACCUGCGGCAUUACGAUAUGCAUCUUUUCAGUGGUCCAUGUUGCUGCUCACCUGGUGAAUGCCUUGAACUUUUCUGUGCACUACAGUGAGGAGUUUCUCGCCCUCAAUGCUGCCAGCUUCCACGGCGAGGAUCCCAGGAAGCUACUGUUUGCGACAGUUCCAGGAUUAACUGGAGUGAUUAUGGUGCUGGUAUUAUUCCUAAUGUCUACGGCAUCUACUUAUGCCAUUAGGGUUUCCAACUAUGACAUCUUCUCAUAUACCCACAACCUCUUUUUCGUCUUCUACUUGCUGCUGAUGUUGCAUGUUUCAGGGUAA